CCUAUUCGCCAUGAUAAUUUGAGUUAUUGUUUUUGGUUGUCAGUUUUGUUAGGUUUUUUUCAUUAUUUACCUUUUUUUUUCGUUUAACAACACCCAUUUAUAACUAGUUAAGUUUUAUGAGGACCAUGCAAAUGCCCUUGUUCUGUUCAGUGGGUUUUGAGCAUUAGAAAUUUUCACAAUGUCCACAAUGUGCGAUGGGGCCGCUUUAAUGAGCGACGAAGACGAAACCCUGGUCCUAAACUAUCUGGAUGAUGACCUGGAUAAGCCAGAAUCACCCUCAGAGCUAGUGGAUGAAAACCAAAACACCAGCCUUAAUCUUGGGGAUGUGGUCAAUGGUUUAAAGCCUAGAGGACGGGGGAGGCCGAAGGGCUCCAAAAACAAGGCCAAAGGCCUCAGGGCCAGCAAGACCCGCCAAAGUAACGGACCGAAAGCCUCAGCACCAGCAAAAGAUCCUGUAAAUGGCACCAAUGGACAGAGCAACCCAAAUAACAUCGUUGAUAUAGAAUUUAAAAUUGAAAACUUUGAUGAUGCUCUUGAUGGCCUGGUGGAUCGCAGCAGCGGCUUUGGUGCAAGUUUCGAAAACAUUGUUAAGCGUGAACCAGAGGAGGAAGCGCAGGUUGAUUUAAAGUAUGAGAGUAUGAGUGAUGCGGCAGAAGCGAUGAAUAAGAAGAAGCUGGUGAAGAAAAGCCCUAAGACUAGCCCAAAGAACCAUAAACCUUCCAAUGGCCAGAGCAGCCUUGAUACCUUCUUGAAGGUUGUUGAUUUGAAGCCCCAAAGCAAACUGGGUUUAAGCAACGUGUUUAAGUGCAACCAUUGUCUCUACGUGGGGAACAGCAAGGCAAACUUGGAGCGCCACAACUUAAUACACAUGGAUCCCAAUGAUAUUCUCUGGUACAAGUGCAGUGACUGCGACUACAAGUCUAAGUACGAGAGCCAGCUGAAGAGCCACACUCUCAUCCAUAAAAACCCCGAAGAAAUCGAGUACUUCCAAUGCCCGCACUGCGAACUGAAGUGUAGCAGGAAGCACAACUUGAGCCACCACAUUCGGAGCAUCCACGCUGAUAGAGUGAACAACCUCAAAUGUGCAGAGUGCAGUUAUUCAACCUUUUCCAAAGAUCGCCUAGUGGCUCACGUGAAAAUGCAUUCGAAGGAAGUGUUUAUGUGCACGCUGUGCAAAUUCGUCACCAAACGAAUCGAGUAUCUGGAAAGCCACUUCAAGAUGAAGCACACCAAUGUGGAAAAACCUUUUCCUUGCGACACUUGUUCUUAUAAGGGCAAAACCAAGCGAGAGCUGGACCGGCACUAUGACCGAAUGCACAACAAAGACACUUUAAAAACAUACCAAUGCAGCCAGUGCAGCUUCAAUUCAAUCUACAAGAAAAACUUGGAGUUUCACCUGCUUCACAUGCACCAGAACUCCGAAGGCUUCCAAAAGUUCAUCUGCGGCCAUUGCGAUAAGACUUUCGCCUAUAAAAACGGCCUGAAGACGCACAUCAUUCGAAUCCACCUCAAACUAACGGACGAGGACUGGCACAAGUGCUUAGAGUGCAAGUACAAGUGCAAGGAUGUCAACACCUUGAAGAGGCACAUUAAGAGGAACCAUGGGGCCCCCAGGUUGAAUUGCCAAAAAUGCAGCUUUGCCACCAACAGGAAAAAGUCUAUGGUGGCCCACAUGAACACUCAUGACAUUACAACGGCUGGCAGUCCCGUUCUUAAGUGCCCCGAUUGCCCCUAUCGCAUAAUCCUCACCGUGUCGUUUCUCUACCACAUGAAGACCGUGCAUGGGAAGUCAGUCGGGACCAAAGAUCUCCCCAAGUACCAUCUGAUAGAAGACUGAAAUCAACAUUUUAUUUUUACACUUUUUUUUGAUAUUAUCGUGAUUGGUAUUCGUUCAUUUUUGAUGCCGAAUGGCGUGGAUAUUAAUUGAAUUUGCAACUUUUGAUACUGUUAUGUGAAAGGAACGUGACAAAAACUCAUUUUAACUUUUUACUCUUUUUAUGAAGAACACUCUGUAUAAUUUAUGACUAGUUACAAUCAAGCCUUUAUGUAUGUUGUCCAAUAUUGUUAAAGUUUGAUUUUGGUUUAAAAUUCCGUAGCUUAAAGGCGCUCUUUAGUAACUUUGUCCUUAUUGGGAAGUUACGAUUAAGGGAUUUAAAUAGUAUUGAUAAGGAACAAUCAUUGUUAAAAUCGGGAAAUUGUUAUCUGUUGGCUUCGKCUGAAUUCAGUGCUUCUGUUUUUCUUAAUUAUGCACUUUUUUCGGAAUAAGGCAGGUUUUGUUGCUGGGUUUAACACUGCAACCUGCUAGGACUAAGUGAUGGAUUAAGUUCUUGUGRCCUAAGAAUUAGAAGUUCGUUUUUUUGUAGAAGUAAAUAUAUACAAUAGUUAGAAUGGACACGUCUGGUAAAACAGCGGGUCUUGCACCUUUAUGCUGAGUUCAAAUGUAUUUGACUUAUUUUAGGCGAGCCAAGGAAAUCGGGAUUUAUGAUCGGUUCUUGGUUUGCUUGAAACCAAUUUAAAUUCGAUGUUUUGAAUUAUCCCUUUUUUGCAGAACUGUACAGAAGUAAACGCCAACUAUGAGGAA